CAGGCAGCAACUCUGUUUGAUUCAGUCUCCCUUGCUAUUGUGAAAUUCCCUGGCGUUUGAGGAAGUAGCCUAAGCCUUGCUCAGUUUUUAGUUACUUUAGGCUACCUAGUGUAAACGCAAGACAAGUGGAAACAAUGAUCCUCGACGGUCACCUUGAUAACGAGACCGAUAUUAUACAAUCAGGUGUGAAUACCUGGUCUGUCUAUGAGCAUUUGACUGCUCCCGAAGAAAAUGAAAACCUUUUCCGUAAUACUCCUGCUUGGAAGUACGUCGACUCAGAGAAAACGUUUGGCACAGGGCAAGUCAAUUAUCAUGGAGUACGCAUCAAGAAGACAGUAAAGGACUUGUUAAUGGAGAUGCGGAUUCGUGAUGACAUCCAGACACAAACGGGACAACAAACUGAAAAUGAGUGUCCAGUUUUAACAUCCAUCCUUCAGGUGAACAAAAGGGCGUCCCCUGACAGGCUUUCCCCUGUUCAAUGUAAAAGACCAACUACAAACCACAAUAACAAAUGGACCCUGCCGAGACCUGCCCAAGCAGAUAGCAUGAGCAUGUUCAGCAUGUUGCAGUGCUCCCCUCUUUACACAGACGCUGAGAUGCCCCAAAAUGGAGCAUUCCCACUUCCCCUUCCUGUCCUGGACAACGAAACCCUAGCCCCGCUCCUGGCCAGCUCCAACAACUCCCUCUUUGCUCCGAGCUCUGAGGCUCAAACUGUUGAGAGGACUUCCUCUUCUCCAUUCCAGUUUAUGAUCCCCAUGUCACAGCCAGUACGCCAGGAGAGCCCUACCCAAGUGUCUUUCUUCCACUGGCAGAUCCAGCAAGAGGAGGCGAAACUGGCAGGACUGAGCACCGAGCAAUUAUCCUCACAGGAUGAAGAUGGUGACACAUACCUCCACAUUGCCGUGGCACAGGGCAGGAGGGCUGUCGCCUAUGUGUUGGCAAAGAGGAUGGCUGACAUCGGCAUACUAGACUUGAAAGAGCACAAAGACCAGAGUGCACUUCAGUUGAGUGUGGUAGCAAAUCAGCACCUCAUUACUCAGGACCUGUUGAGUCUGGGCGCCCAGGUGAACACAACGGACCGUUGGGGUCGCACCCCCCUGCAUGUAUGUGCAGAAAAGGGCUGUGUGCAAUCUUUAAAGGCCAUACAAAAAUUCAUGCAAAGCAGUGGUCAGCAGAUUCAUGUGGACGUCAUGAAUUAUGAUGGUCAGACUCCUUUACACGUGGCUGUCCUCACUCACAACUCCGUGGUUCAGGAGCUGGAACGGAGUGGAGAUCCAAUGUCCCCUCGAUAUAUGGGAUUCGUUCAAAAAAGACAGCAGCUGAAGGAUUGCGUUCAAAUUCUGAUGGAUAUGGGUGCCUCUAGCGGGACAAAGGAUGGUAAAAGUGGACGCACAUCACUGCACAUGGCAGCUGAAGAAGCCAACAUGGAGUUGCUGGGCCUGUUUCUUGACCACCCUUGGGCGCUGUCAGUCAUUAACGUAAAGACAUAUAAUGGAAACACAGCACUGCAUUUAGCCAGCGCACUGCAAUGUCGCAUAGCGCAGGUGAAUGCGGUGAGGCUGCUGAUGCGUCGAGGAGCGGAUCCUAGUUCCAAGAAUCUGGAGAAUGAGCAACCCGCUCAACUGGUGGCAGAGGGAGAGAGAGGAGAUCAGGUGCGAUGUAUCCUGAAAGGGCGUGGUAUACAGGGUCGGACAACCCUUCAUUAGUAUCUCUCUCCUUAGAAACACUGUCAGUGAGACAGUCUGAUAUUUGUACAGUAAUCAUUUGCUAAAAUAGGGCAGAUGUAAGUUGUUUCCAUGAAACAAACCUCUUAUUGGUUGCUACUAAGUAGCGAACAGAGACAUGAAUAAUGUUUCUGGCCUUCUUUUAAAUGUCUAUUUUGUUUGAAAUCCAAACAAAAGUGACAGCAAAUUAGAUUUAGACAAACACAGUGAUCAACUGGUGUAUAUUUCUUAUCUAUUUUUUACAUUGUAUUGGGUUUUGGUUUGAUCUCAAUUCUGAACUGCAAAGUAUAUUGCAGGCUAUGGUGUAUGAUCUUUGUGUUCCAAAAUAUAUUGUAAUUGUGGUAUUCAAGGAUAUUUAAAAUUUCAACUGUGUUUUAUUUUCAUUAAUGAAAAAAACAUGAAAAACAACAAAAAAGAAAAUUGCAAAACAGGUGUUAGAGUUAACGGGCAAUUGUUCUAUUAUGACCUGCACAAGGAAGGUUAUUUUAUCAGUUUGUUCUUUUGUUUGUUGGUUGGUUGGUUGUUAGGUAGAUAGGUAUGUAGGUAGGUAUGUAGGCUGGGUAAACAUUACUGACCUGAUUUUCUUGAGUCAUGGUGUAGAAGUGUGUGGGCCAAGGCAGAACCUGUUCCAUGUUUGAGUGGAUUAUAAUUUUGCGUUUGCUUUUGCUGUUGGGCGUCGGUAGAGGUAUGGCACUCAAUGCCAUGCUUGCAGUAUACAGCACACAGCUCGAUAUCGAUCAUUCUUCGAGCAAUACAGUUCAGAUCAUGUAAAUAAUAUAGAUGGAAUUAUUGUAUGAACAGAGCAUUUUAACAUUAUGGACACAUAGUGUGUAUUGGUGUACUUUUGAUGAAAGGGUGUGGUAUACAGGAUUGGACAACCCUUUAUUAGGGGCUCUUUCCUUAAAAACACUGUCAGUGAGACAGUGUGAUAUUUGUACAGUUACAGUAAUCGUUUGCUAAUAUCAGGCAGAUCUGUGGACGUUUUUCAAAAUGGAUGAACAGAUCAAUUUAUUUUGCUUUCGUUUGUUAAUGAGGCUGUUGGCAGGCUAUUUUAAGUAUAGUUUUUGGGCAUUUUAUGCCUUUAUUGAUAGUGACAGUGGAGAGUGAGAGGAGGCAAAUG